GCCGUGGCAGCCAUGGCGUCGGAACCAGGCACCCAGUCCAGGGUGAUGUUUCAGACCAAAGAGGAGGAGCCCUCCCAUCGCAAGCUGGGCAAACUAACAGUGAAAUACAACCGUAAAGACCUCCAGCGGAGAUUGGACAUUGAGGAGUGGAUCGACGGGCAGCUGCACCUGCUUUACGACUGCGAGGAAGAAGAGAUUCCUGAACUAGAGAUAGACAUUGAUGAACUUCUGGAGCUCUCAGAUGAAGAACAGAGAACCAGACUACAUGAGCUUUUGCAAGAAUGUGGGAAGCCAAAAGAGGAUUUUAUCAACGGGUUACUUUAUCGGAUGAAGGGCCUGCGCAAGAUGUCAGGGCCCCUCAAGAAAUAGUCCUAGGUCAAAAUCCACAAACAAGAUAAUGUGAAAAAUAGUAUGUGUAUGUCUGAAGAUCCAUAUUCACCUGUAUAGAGUUGAACAUCUGUCAAUGGAAUUAUGUAAAAACACUGAAUUUCCCUUGACAAGUGAGUCAACAAGGGAGUUGUCCACAAAUAUCAUUUUUUAAAGAAUAUUAUUCUUUAUGUACAUUUCUGG